AUGACAAGUAUCGUUUUACCGAAAAUGUUAACACAGAAUGGUGGAUCAAAUCCUGGCAUCAUCAACAUUGCAACCUAUGCUAGUAUGAAAGCGUUUCCUUAUGCUACAAUAUAUGCCGCCACAAAAGCAUUCAUUAUUCAAUUUGCCAAAUGUCUCGCUGCAGAAAAUUAUUCGACAAAGAACAUAAUUGUACAAACUGUUUGUCCAAUAUUUGUAUCGACCAAGAUGAAUAAUUUUAGGAAAAUAUCAUAUUUCACACCGACACCACAAGUAUUUGCUAAAAGUGCUUUGGAUAUGUUUGGUGUAGACCAAUUAACUACUGGUUAUUUUCCUCAACAGUUGAAAGCAUUUGUCUAUGAUUUAUUGCCUACAUCAUUGUGGAUUAAAUUGAUCGAAGGUAUAUUCGAUCCCAGGAGAAAACGACGCAGAAAAGUUGAAUGAAAUGAAUGUUGGUUGUUCGGAUUUCUUCAAAUUGUAAAUUUGUUCGGAUGAAACAAUGGUCUUCUAGUUUCUUGAUAGUUAAUCAGUUGGUUGUUGAGUGAAAUUAGUUUUUCGAAUAAAGAAAGUUGUUAGCAUUGUAAAUGAGUACUUUUGU